CUAUCUUCCUUCACACCUUCAAUUGCUAUUCCAUCAAGCUUUCUGAAUCCCAAUUCUAAACCCUAAUUCUCUUCCCAGCACCAAAGUCUGCUUUAGAUAUGGCACCAAAGGCAGAGAAGAAGCCAGCGGAGAAGAAGCCUGCAGAGGAGAAGAAGUCCACCGUAGGUGACAAGGCUCCGGCGGAGAAGAAGCCGAAGGCAGGAAAGAAGCUUCCCAAGGAAGGAGGCGCUGGUGGCGAUAAGAAGAAGAAGAGAAACAAGAAGAGUGUGGAGACAUACAAGAUCUACAUCUUCAAGGUUCUGAAGCAGGUUCACCCCGACAUUGGUAUCUCCAGCAAGGCCAUGGGUAUCAUGAACAGUUUCAUCAAUGACAUCUUUGAGAAGCUUGCCCAGGAAUCUUCUAGACUUGCCCGCUACAACAAGAAACCCACCAUCACUUCAAGGGAAAUCCAGACUGCGGUCAGACUUGUGUUGCCUGGAGAAUUGGCCAAACAUGCUGUCUCUGAGGGUACCAAGGCUGUUACCAAGUUCACUAGUUCUUGAACAACUUAUCUUAUUUCUGACCUGUGUUCUAGGUCACUUAUGCUUCUUCGUUGUAUCUAUUCGAUCUAAUGUUCUAAUCCUAGAUUUGAAUCGGCAGGGUUUUAGUUUUAGUUUAAAUUGAAAAAAAUGGGAUUGUGCACAGCCUCUUAUGUAUUGAAAUAUUGAAUUGAUGCAAUAGAAGUGUUUGAUGUGAGAUCA